UACCUACUACCUCAUCACUGCGCGCCGAGGAGCUGCUGCGGCGCCGGGCGGCAUGGCGUUGUUCCAUGUUGCGCGGUACCGGGACCCCGAGGCGGCAGACCCGGAGGGGGCAGAGGCCGAGGCGAGCGGCCGGGCUCGUGCGCUGCUCGAGCGGCUCCAGAGCCGGGCUCGAGAGCGGCAGCAACAACGGGAGCCCGCGCCUGCCGAGGCGGCCGCGCAGGCGUCAGAGGUAGCUGGCAGGCGGCGGCGCCGGCCCCGGCGCAGGCGGCGGGUGAACGGUGGGGCAGCCGGGAGCCCGGACACACGACUGAGGAAGCGACGCAGAGCGGAAGGCGAGGACACAGACGCAAGUGGCAGCAGCGAGGAGGCGCUCAAAGAGCACAGCGCGAGCCACGAGGCCCCGGCGACUCUAGACAGUGGGGUCCCGGAGGCAGCAUCCAAGGCCCCGGGUCCUACGCCGGUGCUGGGCGGCUUCUCGAGGAGGAAGGCGCCGAAGGUCCAGCCUUUCCUGCCAGCGUGGUUGGCCAACCCCAGCUGUGUCAAGAAAAAUGUCACCAAGGACCUUGUUCCCAUCGAAGACAUUCCUGAGGUGCACCCUGACCUGCAGAAACAGCUGAGGGCUCAUGGCAUCUCAGCCUACUUCCCAGUCCAGGCAGCCGUGAUCCCUGCUGUCCUGGAGAGUUCGGCCAGUGGGUUUCUGGUGGGUAGAGGUGGCUACCAGCCUAGUGACCUCUGUGUGUCUGCUCCAACGGGCAGUGGGAAGACUCUGGCCUUUGUCAUCCCCGUGGUGCAGGCCCUGCUGCAUCGAGUGGUCUGCCACAUACGUGCCCUGGUAGUGCUGCCCACCAAGGAGCUGGCCCAGCAGGUGAGCAGAGUGUUCAAUGUCUACACUGACGCCACGCCCCUGCGGGUCGCCCUGGUUACUGGACAGAAGCCACUGGCCAAGGAGCAGGAGAGCCUUGUCCAGAAGACAGCAGAUGGCUACCGCUGCCUGGCUGACAUUGUGGUGGCCACACCUGGCCGCCUGGUGGACCACAUCGACCAGACCCAGGGAUUCAGCCUCCAGCAGCUGCGCUUUUUGAUCGUGGACGAGGCUGACCGCAUGAUAGACAGCAUGCACCAGUCCUGGCUGCCUCGGGUAAUGGCGGCUGCCUUCCCCUGCGAGGGCCCGACUGACCCUGCAACCCUGCUGCAGAGACGGCGGGCACCAGCUGUGACUGCUGCCAGUACCUGCUGUCCCCAGAUGCCUCUACAGAAGCUACUCUUUUCAGCCACCCUGACCCAGAACCCCGAGAAGCUGCAGCGGCUCGGUCUGUACCUGCCCCGACUCUUCUCCACGCGGCUGGCACACAGGGCCCUUGAGGAUGACACCGCGGGCGGGGACCCAGAGGGGAAGUACGCCUUCCCUUCGGGGCUCACGCACCACUACGUGCCCUGCAGCCUGAACGCCAAGCCACUCGCCAUCAUACACCUGGUCCUUGGGAUGAGCAUCUCCAGGACCCUCUGCUUCACCAACUCCCGGGAGAACUCCCAUAGGCUCUUCCUGCUCGUGCAAGCGUUCGGAGGUGUGAGUGUGGCGGAGUUCUCUGCCUGCUAUGGGCCUGGCCACAGGAGGAAGAUCUUGAAGCAGUUUGAGCAGGGCAAGAUCCAACUCCUCAUCAGCACAGAUGCCACUGCCCGAGGAAUUGAUGUGCCAGGUGUGGAGCUGGUGAUCAACUACGAUGCCCCACAGUACCUGAGGACCUACGUGCACCGGGUCGGGAGGACAGCGCGAGCAGGCAGGAUGGGGCGAGCUUUCACGUUGCUCCUGAAGGUGCAGGAGAGGCGGUUCCUCCGGAUGCUGGCAGAAGCUGGUGCCCCUGAGCUGGUGCGGCAUGAGGUCCCCAGCAAGCUCCUGCAGCCACUGGUGCCACGCUACGAAGAGGCCUUGUCCCAGCUCGAGAGGGUGGUGAAGGAGGAGCUGAAACAGAAGGCCGCCUAGGCUGGAGACCGGUGGAACCCCCCUGCUGGCAGAUCGCGCCACCUCUCUGGUGCCCUCAGAGGAGGGGAAACCAAGUCUUGAACAGGGGCCUCUGGGAAACCGAAGGCCGGCUGUGCCCGCAUGUGCAUGCGGAGAACAAUGGUCAGCAUCCUGCUGCCUCUGGGGAGGCCCAAAGGGCGAGAGGAGAGGGCAGCCUGACGCCUUGGCCUCUGGCACCAUCGCCCUUCACUGCCUUGUCUGGGAGAGUGAGACGGGCAGCCUGUGAAGCCGGGGGAACUGGGCUGAGCAGCCCUUGGCCCUCUGUGUGAAAGCAGUAGGCAGCAGUGCCCCAGCUGGCCCUCACUGUCCUUGGGCAGGAUAGGGUGCAUGGCAGCUUCAGCCUUGGCUUAGGGAGGCCCCUGCCAGUCCCCACCCACCCAUGGCCCUUCGGGACCCCUACUCAACAUUCCCUCCUCCCUGCAGCAAUUCAGAGCUGCCCAGGUCAGGUCCGCGUGGCUUCCUUUGGCGCAGGCCACCAGGUGGGUUUCGGGGGGCUUGCUGGCUUCCCUACACAGUACCUGAUUCCAAAGCAGCUGGGUGGGGUGGUGCACCCUAUCCCUCCAGCAGCUGGAGCUGACUGAGGUGAGAGGAUCACAGGCAACUCCUGCCUCAGAAGACAAAAACCUGUCUCAACAUGGUAUGUGGGAUUUUUUCGGUAUCAGAAUAAUCUUAACCAGGACAAGAGUGAACUGACAGGUCACUUUAAAAUUGGUAGUAUCGAGACAUGGUGGUAUGUACCUGUAAUCUCUGCACUCAGGAGGCUGAAGCAGGAGGAUCACUGAAUUUGAGGCCAAUGUGAACUACAGUGAGAUCCUAUGUCACACAAAUUGUAAUAAGGAAAUUUUAUUAUUAAAUGUUUGGUUCACUUUA